CAAGCUUUGAUGUGGGCCAAUCGGAUGAGAGGUGCAGCUGUGGGUGGGCUGUGAUUGGCUGGGAGUCGGACAGAUGUUUGAGAUGUUUGGAGGAUCAGAAGCAGAGGUGAGCCAGAUGAGCAGGAGAAGCUGCACAGACAGGAUGAUCCGUUCGGUGGUGAUCUGCUGGCUCCUCUUCAUUGUGAUCAGCAGAGGAAAGCCCACUGAGAAGAAGAGCCGGGUCCUUCAGGAAGAACCUCUCAGUCAGCUCCAACAUGACGACAACAAGAACUUUGACUACGAUCACGAGGCUUUCCUCGGACAAGAUGAGGCCAAAGCCUUUGAACAUCUUUCACCAGAUGAGAGCAAACGUAGACUGAGAAUCAUCGUGGAUAGAAUCGACGACAACAAAGAUGGUUUUGUCUCAGAGGAGGAGCUGGAGCUGUGGAUCAGGAAUGUGCAGAACCGACACAUGUAUGAGAAUGUGGAGCAUCAGUGGCACGAGUUUGACCUGAAUAAUGAUGGCCUGAUCAGCUGGGAGGAGUACAGGAACGUCACCUAUGGCAGCUAUCUGGAGGGUCCUCUGACUGAGAGGGAGUAUAACUACACCAACAUGAUGUCGAGGGACGAGAGACGCUUCAAAGUGGCAGACAGUAAUGGAGACAUGAAUGCAGACAAGCCAGAGUUUAUGGCUUUUCUUCAUCCAGAAAACCAUGAACACAUGAAGGAAGUGGUGGUGCAGGAAACGAUGGAAGACAUAGACAAGAACGGCGAUGGAUUCAUUGACCUGAAAGAAUACAUCGGUGACAUGUUCACUGCAGAAAAUGGAGUAGAGGAACCGGAGUGGGUGGCCACAGAACGGCAGCAGUUUUAUGAGUUCAGGGACAAAAACAAGGACGGCAAGAUGGACAGGGAGGAAACUUUGGACUGGAUCCUCCCUGCAGAUUAUGACCAUGCAGUCGCAGAGGCCAAACACCUGUUGUACGAGUCUGACACCAACAAGGACGGCAAGCUGACCAAGGAGGAAAUUCUGGACAAGUUCGACCUGUUUGUGGGAAGUCAGGUGACGAAUUAUGGCGAGGUCUUGAUGCGGCACGACGAGUUCUAGGAACAGUUCAUUGCAGCAAGUUCUUUUUUUAUUUUUUUUAUUUUGCUUUUUCACAUGCCCUGCCUACAUGCACCAGGGAUGUAUCCAGUUGGUAUCCGAUAAAGACUGUUUGUAGAUGGGCCACGUCGCAGAAUCUUUGUAUGACCUUGAAAUAUUUGGGUUUGUCGUGUGUCGAUGUGUUUGUUGAGUACGUGUAUGUGGAGGGGCUAAUCACGUUGAGGUGCACAUCUAAUAGCGUAGCAAGAACAGGUUGAGGUCUGCACGCAGGAUCCAAAAGCAACAAAGGACGGGUGGACAUGGUUUCAAAAGGCCAAAACAGUCCCGACACAGCCUUACUUUACCUCACCGGAGCAGCAGUCCUUGCCCCAAAGAGACACAAAAGGAGUCACAGAGAACCGAGUCCUUAAAACCCAGCUACACGGCCAUCUUUGGUGCAAGCCAGAGACCAGGUUGCACCGGCAGUCCAAGGUACACACUAGUUCCAGCAAUAAAACCACAAAACAGGGGAGAUUCCACCAGAGAGGCAACACAUAUCUGAUCCUCAGGGAGGGAUUUUAAUAUUAGGCAGUACUAGGCAGUUGCCUGGUACAUGCACAUAAACUCUGUUUACAUGUAUAGCUAAUACAGCUAUUUCUUAUUUGUGCACAUUAAUUAUGUUUUUCAUAAAAAUCCUUUCAUUAAAACGCAUUCAGAACGCUUAUGA